AUGGAGUGUGGAGCACGUCAACAACAACAACAACAACGCCACUGUCAUCGACGCCGCGGCUCCAGCAGCAGCACCCUGUCUGUGCCGAUACUUACUGUGUUGGUCAUGAGAGCUGCUCCUCGCCCGCAGGAUCGCACAGUGGCAGCUCUGUGCGGCCAGCAGCGGGCCCGCACAAUACAGCCCUGCGAUGAUGAUGAUGAUGAUGACUGCAUACAUCCCCAAGAACCCUUAAUUGUCUCGGUUCCAAAUAGGAUCUUGGCUUUCUCGGAGGCCACAAUCACAGCGGUGCAUGUGACCGUGGAUGGGGAGCCUCUGGGGGAGGGCCGCUCUGCUGGAGGUCCUCUCUAUGUUCUGCUGUGGGAUCCAUCUCUCUACCUCACUGGAGUGCACACCAUCAGAGUUAAAGUGGAGGACUCGGCGGGCCGGUCGUCAGUGCGGGAGCAGCACUUUACUCUGGAGGGCAACCUGACUCCUAGCUUUGGGUUCAUGCAGUCCUUCAUCCUCCUCACAGACCACUACAUCCUGGCCCGAGCAGCCUUCAUAUUCGUUAUCCUGCUGAAUGUGGGGGUGCUGCUGGCCUUCAGGUUCCUGCCUGCUCCUUCUGGGAGAGGAUUGACCUCUCAAGCAUGCAUGUCUCUCCAUCUGGUCAGCUCAAUGGACACCUUCUACUACUCUCUGCUGCUAUUCAACCUGUGUACAGCCUUAGGGCCAUGGUUCGUAGGAGAGCUGAUAGAUGGCCAUAGUGGUGCCUGCUUCGCCUUCGGGGUGUUUGUCGAUGGGCACUUCCUGGAAGGCAGUCUCACAUAUGUUAUUGGAGUCGUUCAACUGCUUUUCUUCAACAUGCCCCUCACCUGCUAUCUCUGCUGGAGCCUCCACCACCGUUGCCGUGGUAACACCUUCCGAUCCCACUUCCUGCGGCCGGGCUGCCGCUGGCGGACUCUGGCGUUUCACCUCCUCAUGCUGCUGCUGCUCACCUGGCAGGCGCACUCCUGCUACUUCCUCUUCGAGACCUACGGCGCCGUGGCCUUCUUACUGUCUCCGGUCCGCACGUGGGCGUUCGGGCUCAGUCUGCUAUUGGUCUACCACGCCUGGACAUGCCCCGCCCCUCUCGCUCGUGACAACAGCAAGAGCGUCACUCCUUCUUGACAGUAAUUGCACUGUUUCCACCCACGAUCUCUCUGGAGCCUGAUAUAUUUUACUGUCCCUAUCCACCUUUGAAAGCAGCUCCUUUCUUUCUCUCCUUCUUCCAAAACCAGUACAUCACUCACUAUCCUGUUAAUCUUGUUUACUUAAUAUGCAUGUUAUUGUUAAACACCGGUGAGCACAUUUCUAGCCAUAUCCAAAACAAUGUGUACAGUGUAAGAAAAGAAAAAAAGACACCUUGGGAGUGAAAUAGCCUCUUUGAGCUACGAGCGGUCCAAAUUGUGCUGCACUUAACAGUCAGUAUAUUCUGCUGUGAUUCAGAGGGAUAGUUUGUCAUUUUUAAAGUGGGGUUGUAUGAGGAACUGACCCAUAAAAAGAUGACAGUCAUUGCGUCACCACUUUGGAGAGACAGAUUACCGGCACAAAAGCUAAGCAACGUACUGCUGUGAAUCGGGGACAUUGGAUUUCUAAAAAAAAUACACUUUUUCAUUUCUUUAGGUGUAUUCAGAAUAUUUGAAAUGCUUCACCUUGCUGACAGAAGCCUUUCUUUUAGGUGGCUACAAUAUUUUUUGUUCUGCUUCCCUCAUCCACAGCAGUACACUGAUUUGCUUCUCCAGAUCAGAGGUGUGCCGAUGACAUGAGCUACUGAUUAAAACCUCCUGCAACAGCAUUUCAAACUAUCCCUUUAGGCUGACUCGUUUACUUGAGCGUUUAGCUUUCUUUAGGAAGUGUUGCCUUGGCCGAAUGCCACCUCACCACUGCCAAAGGAUGAAUAAGUUAAUAAUAACGACUUCUUCAUCUUUUUAUUCUUCCCGCUGAAAAUCAUUUUCAUUCGCUAAAUGAAGGCUGGGCGUGCCAAACCAUACCUCGUGUUUACCUGCUGACUCACAAACAGUGCGGAUAAGAAAGCUUCCUUUUGUAUUCUGUGAGCUUUCCUGACUCCCCAUGGCCGACGGUGUUGUAGUUACAGUAAAUCCGGGGGAGAUGACGCAGGAAAAUGCAACCUAGGUCAUCAUAUGUUAAAGUUUAUUCCACACGUGAUUACAGGAGAUCAGAGGAAGGAGAUUUCCAAAUCAAUCACAUACUGUAGUUGGUCUGUGUUCAAAUGGUUGAUGAUUUAAAGUGUUUUUAAAUAAAAUACCAUUGCACACAACUGCCACAAAACAUGUCAAUAUUCACAGUGAAUAGUUAAAAAAUCGUACACGCCGUUUUUCACCAAAACGCAACAACAUGCCGGUCCUGACUCUUCGUGCUCCUUCAAAUGUGACUACAGAAAGCAGCUGUUUGUUUCUCAGGAAUGUGAGCACUUGAACAAAAGGCUGGUGCCAGUAGUAUUUCAGGACAAUGUUUUUAUACUACAUGGUAGCUCAUUGAACUAAAAAACAUUUUCAACAGCCCGAGAUGUGUGGUGGCUUCCAAACUAAAUGAAUGUGUAAUAGAUGUGAUGAAAUGAGAAGAACCAGUACUAUACUGUUUUAAUUAUUUAUUAUUUCUGAUUGUAUCGAGUGAUUUCUCUUUUUUCCCCCUUCAUGUUAUAUAUCUGCACUGGAAAUGGGUAUUCCUUGAAAUAAUUGAAGUUCAUUUGAGAGCUUUUUGUGUGAAAACGAUGUUUGUCUGUGUUGUUCUGAAACUGCACUCAAUCCGUCUGUAGUAGCAGUUGCCUGAAAUCCACCAGAACUAGCUGAUCUAAAUAUAAAAGACAAAUAGGCUGAAGACCACAUUUAUCAAGUCUUUUAAUAGAAGUAAUGUUCUAACACAGUUGAAUCCUGGGUUUUUUCUAAACUAUACCCAGCAUGAGUGCGGAAUAAUUGCUCCUGUGAUAAGACAUGCAGUUUAUUAUUCGAACAGCUGCUUGACACUAGGAGACUAAAUUAUGUGCACUCUUGAAGGAAAUUGUUUGAAAACCUUUUCCCUUCUCUGCUCAGACAAGUGUUAUGGAAGCACUACCAAAUGAAUAAUUCCAGCGUAGAGACGGAUAUUAAAAAUGGAUGACUUUUGUUAUUGGCAUAGUUAAUUUCCCUAAUGCUGCGCAGUACCUCUCACAAGAUAUAUAUAUCUGUCCACAAGGAGGGAGUAGUGUGUUGCAUUUGACUUCCACACCAACUAAUGCAUGGAACUGUUUUGUUUUCUGUUGCAGAAAAGCACCAAUUGUUAUACUCUGAAUCUGGUUGUGAUUGUUCUGUACUGUGCACUGAUUUUAAUUUUCACAACAACAAAAAACCCAUUACUACCACUAAGUCUCUGAAAGGGCAUAUACUGUAAGUAAUGUACCGGCGAUCACUUCUUUUGCAUCCUUUCCUAUGUUCAAACACUGAAGUAUAUGAAUGAAAAGACUUACUAAGGUAAGAGCCAAUCACAAUGUUAUUUUAUUAAUGGUUUAUAGUGCUGUGGAAUAAAAUGUUCAUUACAGUAAAUCAUAUAUUUUGUGUUUGUUCUCUUGUCAUUGUCACAGAAAGGGAGUCAACAACAAUAUGAAGCCCAACAAUGACAAAAACUAACCAUGUCAAUAAAUAAUACUGUUAGUUAAAUAAUUAGAAAGGAUUGUAAAAGUUAAAUAAAUGCUUCAUAUUUAUCCUUUUAACUUAAAUCAGUUCCCUCGUAUUAGGCCUACUCUUUUUUUUCCUAAUUCAGCUUGGUACACAUUUAAUCGUUUAUCCAUAUCUAACACUUUCCAUUUUCCUCAACACAUAUGCAAUUUUACUCGUGUUUAUAGGAUACCAAGAUUUCCAUUGGUAUGUAGCUUAACUGAAAACAUUGGUGGAACAUUUAAUUACCAAGCACUAGCUUUUUCCGCUGGCUACAUCUCUUUGUAAAACUAAUGUAAUCCAUAUUUAUGAUCCCUUUCCUAAUGCUGCAGAAUCACUUCUGUCGUCUUUGUAGCUCCCUCACUCUAGCACAUGUGUCAAAACUCAAGGCCCGGGGUCCAAAUCAGGCUCUUGGUGGAUUUCAUUUCGGCCCGCAGGAUAAUUUCUAAUUCCUAUUAGAUCUGGCCCGCCGGUAUAUUGCACGCA